AUGUCUUAUCAACAGCAGCAGUGCAAGCAGCCUUGCCAGCCUCCUCCUGUGUGCCCACCUCCAAAGUGCCCAGAGCCAUGUCCUCCUCCAAAGUGCCCUGAGCCUUGUCCUCCUCCAAAGUGCCCAGAACCUUGUCCUCCUCCAAAGUGUCCAGAGCCUUGCCCUGAGCCAUGUCCCCCUCCCUCAUACCAGCAGAAAUGCCCUCCUGUGCAACCUCCUCCACCCUGCCAGCAGAAGUGCCCACCCAAGAGCAAGUGA